CUCAGCUCAGCCCCAGCCACUGGUGUUUGAUCUUCCACAAUGGGUGAACCACAACAAGUGAGUGCGCUUCCUCCACCUCCUAUGCAGUACAUCAAGGAAUAUACUGAUGAAAAUAUUCAGGAAGGCUUGGCACCCAAGCCUCCCCCUCCAAUAAAAGACAGUUACAUGAUGUUUGGCAACCAGUUCCAGUGUGAUGAUCUCAUCAUCCGCCCUUUGGAAAGUCAGGGCAUCGAGCGACUUCAUCCUAUGCAGUUUGAUCACAAGAAGGAACUGAGAAAACUCAAUAUGUCUAUCCUAAUUAAUUUCUUGGACCUCUUAGAUAUCUUGAUCAGGAGCCCUGGAAGUAUAAAACGAGAAGAGAAGCUAGAAGACCUGAAGCUGCUCUUUGUGCAUGUGCAUCAUCUCAUAAAUGAAUACAGACCCCACCAAGCAAGAGAGACUCUGAGAGUCAUGAUGGAGGUCCAGAAACGACAACGGCUGGAAACGGCCGAGAGGUUUCAAAAGCAUCUGGAGCGAGUGAUCGAGAUGAUUCAGAAUUGCCUGGCUUCUUUGCCCGAUGAUCUGCCAUGUUCAGAAGCAGGAAUAAAAGUGAAAACUGAACCCAUGGAUGCUGAGGAUAGCAACAAUUGUACUGGACAGAGUGAGCAACAAAGAGAGAAUUCAGGUCUUCGAAGGGACCAAAUUAUAGAAAAGGAUGCUGCCUUGUGUGUCCUGAUUGAUGAAAUGAAUGAAAGACCGUGACUGAUA